AUGGAUGAAGUAAUUGGAGAAGAUGAACAACUUAAAGUGGGAAUGCAAGUACACUAUGAUGAGGAGGCUUAUAAUAUGUACAAUUCCUAUGCUUUGAGGAAGGGCUUUAGUGUUCGUAAAGGGCAUGUUCAAAGAGAUUCAUCAAAUAACAUCCGACAACGACAUUUUUUAUGUUCAAAUGAGGGGUUUGCACAAUACCAUAAUGUGUUUGAACCAACCAAACACAGAAAGUUGGAAACAAGAGUCGGUUGCAUGGCUAUGAUAUCAUUUACAGUGAAAGAUGGAAUAUGGACAAUAUCACAUAUCAACUCAGAGCAUAAUCAUGAGCUUGCAAAGCCCGAAGAAAGGCCAUUUCUAAAAUCAGGGAGGAAUGUAACGAAUGCAUGUGGACAUGUUUUUACUUCUAUGAAAGAUGCAGGAAUAGGACCAACGAAAUCAUUUUCUUUCAUUGGAAAUGAAGUGGGUGGUCUAGCAAAUGUGGGGUGCACUAAGAAAGAUGUCUAUAACUACUUGCAAAGGAAGAAGGAAGAAAUGAUGGAAGCAGGCGAUGCACAAUCUUUGUUGAAUCACUUUAAGCUUAAACAAGGUGAUGAUUCUAAUUUUUUCUACUCAAUGCAAUUAGAUCAAUAUAGCCAAAUGACGAACUUCUUUUGGAGGGAUAGUAGAUCAAAGUUGGAUUAUGAUUGUUUUGGUGAUGUUAUAUGCUUUGACACUACAUUUCGUACAAAUAAGUAUGAUUUGAUUUGUGCUCCAAUAGUUGGAGUAAAUCAUCAUUGGAGGAACGUGUUGUUUGGAUGUGCUUUCUUAUUGGACGAAACUACGGAGUCAUUUGUUUGGUUGUUUGAGACAUUUUUGGAUUCGAUGGGAAAUAAAACACCAGUAACUGUUUUCACAGAUGAGGAUAAAGCUAUGGCAAAUGCAAUUCAAAUCGUGUUUCCACAUGCCUCCCAUCGACUGUGCACUUGGCACAUUGCCAAGAAUGCCUCCAAGAGAAUUGGUAGUUAUCUUGCAAUUCCUGAAUUCAAGAAAAAUUCACUCAUUGUUUACAUGGGUGUAGCUCUGAAAUUGAAUUUCAAGUUUCAUGGGAUAGCAUGA